GUUUCAUUCAUUCCUUGAUUCUUCUUACGUGUAAUUCUUGAUCGCCAUUGCUUUUGUCCGCCAUGUCUCGCUUCUCCUUCAUCUCUCGCCGUCGUCUCGGCCAAGUCGCCAGAACCGCUGUGGGUCUUUCUGCCACUGGCGCGACGGGCUUUUACCUCUGGACGCGGAAUUGCUAUUUUGAGCCAUUCGGACCGGAAUUAAAUGAGCCUUUGUUCAAACAUCCCAUGCUAAAGCAGAUUAAUCCGUGGAACAAACCGCUUUCAUUUGAUUCGUGCGUGCGGGAGGUGUCGUUUGACAAGCUGGAUGAUGGCUUGUUGGAAGAUGCGAGACAGGGUGGGACGAAGCUAAUUGAGAGGUUUUCGGAGGGAAUGUGGGGAGGUUAUGCAUAUGCGAUUCAACGGAGAAUCUUGGAAUCUUUCAAGGAUGAGACGUGCAAAGACGACGUGUGGUCUCGAGAAGAACUCUUCAAGUGCAAAUACGAGCCAGGCACAGUCUUUACAAACCACUUUGUCGUUCUCGAAAAGUCCCCAUCAUGCCUCACAAUGCGCGGCUGCUUCGGCCCACGCCAAGCUCCCCCAACACCGCAAGCCGUCGACAAUCUGUUUGAGCUGCGGGCUGAGCUGGAUGAACAGCGAAAGGUCGUCAAGCUCAAGUUGAGAUGUCUCACAUUUGAUGGGACUGAGGGGGCUAAGGAGGAUCCCGAUCCGUUUGGAGGGUUCGCUGGGUUCUUGCAUAGGAGGUAUUCCACUUUGCUUGUUGAGUCGGGUGCUGGGAAUUGUUUGCGGUGAUAUAGACCUAGACAAUGGUCUGCUGGCAUUUAGAAGUUGGCAGCACCGGUGCAUUUUUCUUUGAUAUACUGUGUAACAAUAGAUAGAGACUUGCUAUGGUAUAGAAGCGGCAUGAGGAAACGGAACAGGUAGAAAAAAGUAGUAGAAUU